CAAAUUAUGUGUAACAACAAUUUCGCGAAUAGGCUAAUCGUGGUGAGCAGCACCACUUGCCACCACCACUUCCGCAUUCUCCGAUAGACGACAUCUCCCAUGGUGCUUUGCCCCAGAGUCAACCAGUCAUGUGGAUGGAAACUGGAGUGGGUAUCCGCUACGCUGCACGAAAAAGAAAGUUCCAGGAAAGAUGCACGAAGAGGAGGAUGGCAACGGCGAGUCGAGCCCAGGCCCAACUCCUCGACAUGAUACCUCCAAGUCGGGCGACAUGGUCGACGCGGUGUCGGCUAAGGAGCAGACCUCCAAGCUGUGCGGCUACAUGAGCAAACUGUCCGGAAAGGGGCCCCUAAGGGGGUACAAGCCUCGGUGGUUCGUGUAUGAUCCCCGGAAAUGUUAUCUGUAUUACUUCAAGAGUCCCCAGGACACUUUACCGUUGGGACACAUCGAAAUUGGCGAUGCUUGCUUCAGUUACGACGUGGAGGCCGAGGAGGGGCAUUUUGAGAUCAGCACGGCGGGGAAGGAGUUUUUGCUCAAGGCUCCCAGCAAGCAGAUGAUGCACUUCUGGCUGCAGCAGCUCCAACAGAAGCGCUGGGAGUUCAGCAACACGAGAGGAUGUGGACAGAGAGAUAGCUGGAGCUCUCCCACCUUGGCCCACCCUUUUAGUGGACUUGUAGGCAAAGACAAUGAUGCGUUCAUUUUUGAGAAUCUCAGCGACAGCAUGGAAAAGGUCCGCAGUGACUUAACCCUGGAGACUGAGACGGAAGGUGGCGGGACAGUCGGAAUCCAAUCAACUAGAGGGACUGCUGCUUCUACAAAUACUCGCAAUCUGACACUUAAAAAUUUUGGUACAGAGAUCAGGAACUCCAUGUCAAUUCUGCGACCGGGUAGGGGAGGUGACAGCAGACGCAGUGUCUUUUACACCAGCAACAACAGUGCAGACGAGUGGGAACUGGUGGACGCUCCACCCAAAGACUUCCCAGAACAGAAACAUCGUCCAGACGUCCACAGGCAUUCCUUCGGAUCAGCGUUUGAUUUUGUGCGCAACUCGUCAAGGCCUAAAAGGCCUCUGCUACGAGACAUGAUGGGCUCCGGAAAGUUUGGUCGCAGUGCCGAGUGCCGCAGCGCAGAAAGCUCCCCGGUCGAGUUUAACGGCAAGUCUUUGGAGUUGCAAGUUCGCCUCCAAAGCCAACAGGAAGAGCUGUGCCGCAUGCAACAGGAACACGCCAAACUCAAGGAGGAGCUGGUCAGUCAGAAGGAGCUGGUGAGACUUUUGCAGCAGACUUUAAGAACAUCCCAAUGUGAUCGGCAACCAGCACGUCGUAUGGUCCCAUCACCAGAUCGAUCAUCUACUGAGUCCGAUCAGGCCAACUGUCCGGGAGUAACCCAGGUGGAGGUUGCACGUUUGGAGGCUGUGGUCCAUGACAGAGAUGGACAGAUCCAGUCCUUGUGUGGUCACAUGGAGCGACUCGCCCUGGAGAAGGACAGCCUUCAGCAAGAGCUGAAGGGCCUGAAAAUCAAAGUGGGGGAGAUCAACGAGCAGCUGGGCAUGCUGAUGGAGACCAUCCAGGCCAAAGAUGAAGCCAUCAUGAAGCUGUCCAACUCAGAGCAGAGCGGGAAUACAAAUGAUGGUUCACCACCUCUUGGCAAAGAGCAGCAGGAACUGGACAUCCUCAAGGACAGUCUUCAAGGCUAUAAAACCCAAAACAAAUUCCUAAACAAAGAGAUCCUGGAGUUGACAGUAUUGCGCAGAAAUGCAGAAAGCCGAGAGAAGGCUCUAGAAGCCAAGUACACAGCUCUGGAGGCCAAGUUGUGUCAGGUGGAGAGUAAGUAUCUGGUGCUGCUGCAGGAGGUGAAGAACCCAGUGUGCUCGUCUUCAGAACAGAGUCCAGCCCGAGACGUCAUCUCCAGAUUGUUAGAGGAUGCUCUACAGGCGGAGAGCUCAGAACAGGAGGAGCACCCUGUCUUCAAACCGAACACUGUCAGCGAGUAUGACGUGUAUGGCUUCAAGACAUUGCCUGAGGAGGAGGAAGAAGAGGAGAGGCUGGUAGCCAAGGUGAGAGCCUUGGAGCUCAAGUCCCUAUCCAUGACGGAUCAAGAAGUGUCUGUCGGAGUCAAGUGGGAGAACUACCUGGCCAGCACCAUGAACCGCAACUUAGUACGCUCCCCCGAACUCAAGGCUCUGAUCCGCUGUGGCAUUCCCCACGAACAUCGCUGUCAAGUGUGGCGCUGGUGCAUCUCCAUCCAUGUCAAAAAGUUCCGGGAUCCCCUGCCAGCCGACUAUUAUGAGACCUUACUAAAUGUGGCCAGGGAGAAGCCCAACCCUGCAUCCAAGCAGAUUGAACUGGACUUGCUGCGUACUUUACCCAACAACAAGCACUACUCCUCGCCCAGUGCCAUCGGCAUCCAAAAACUUCGGAAUGUUCUGGUGGCUUUCUCCUGGAGGAACCCUGACAUUGGAUACUGCCAGGGACUAAACAGGCUGGCAGCUAUUGCCUUACUAUAUCUGGACCAAGAAGACGCCUUUUGGAGCCUCAUAGCCAUUGUGGAGGUUUUCAUGCCAAGAGAUUAUUACACCAAGACUCUGCUUGGCUCACAGGUGGAUCAGCGUGUCUUCAAGGACCUGAUGAGCGAGAAGCUACCCCGACUCCACGCCCACUUUGAGCAGCACAAAGUGGACUUCUCCCUCAUCACCUUCAACUGGUUCCUGGUGGUAUUUGUGGACAGCGUGGUCAGCGACAUCCUCUUCAAGAUUUGGGACGCGUUCCUCUAUGAAGGUCCUAAGAUCAUAUUCCGUUUCGCACUUGCGCUCUUCAAAUACAAAGAGGAGGAGUUCUUAAAGUUACAGGAUUCCACCACCAUCUUCAAAUAUCUCAGAUACUUCACACGAACCAUCUUGGAUUCAAGAAAGCUGAUGAACAUUGCAUUCGUGGACAUGAACCCAUUCCCAAUGAGGCAGAUCCAGAACCGGCGCUCCUUCCACUUGGAGAAGGUCCGCCUUGAGCUGACGGAGCUGGAGGCUAUCAGGCAGACUUUCCUGAGGGAGAGGGAAACGUCUCAGAAUGGACGCUCCUUCGUCAGCGAUGACGAGGAGGAUAACUGAACUCAAGCGAGUCAUGUUUAUUUGACUCAGAGGAAUAAGAAUGUGUUUUACAUAGCUGGACCAACAUAUUUCUAUCAGUAUUCCUGCCUUUUUUACAUUGCUUGUGUGUUAAUACAAUAGCCAAUACUUGUCUUAAGCUUGCUGUCCGAAUCAGUAUUUCUUCAAUCGUGGCUAUGAUAAUAUUUUCAAGGCUGUUUUGUGCUUUUUGAAGGAUUUUUUCCCCACUCUCAUUUUUAAAAAUGACUGAAAUUAUUUGCACUUAAAAACAUCUUAAUUUUAAAAAAAUGUCAUCAUCAAGAUUUCUAUCAAAAAAGGCUCUUGGCUCAACAAAAAUCAGGGAAUUUUUAUUGCAACAUCAGCAUCUUAUUGAAAACUGUCCAAAAAGUCCAACUAUGCACUAAAACAUGCCUUUCAAGUCAUUUUCUGCAAGAUAUUCGCACUGUCAUGGCCUGAUGGCAAACGCUGAAGGCUGAACAUGGCGUGAUAGUUGAACCGCACAAGCAAGGCCUUUUGGAAACGCGGCUUGAGAAUGUUUGACAGGAAACGAAAUGAAAGUCUGAUUUUUUUUACAUGAUGUUCUACUUACUCUGCUGUGAUUGGCUGGUCAGCAGUCCAGCGUGUACACCGCCUCUCGCCUGAAGUCAGCUGGGAUAGGCUCCAGCAUACCCACCAACCCGAAUGAGGAUAAGUGGCAUAGAUAAUGGAUGGAUGGAUGCCUAUACUCUGGUUACAGUCCACUGGUGCACAAUGUGGUCUUAAAAUAAUGUUCUGUUUUUUAAACUAUAUACUUGCUCUUGUCACCUAUUUUUUAAGGUCUUAUUUUUACAACAAACACAUUUCCAAUGCACCUCUGUGUGGACUUUAUAUGUUCUUCCUGUGCAUGUGUACGUUUUCUCUGGGUACUCCGGUUUCCUCCCACAUUCCAAAAACAUGCUAGGUUAAUUGGCAACUCCAAAUUGUCCAUAGGUAUGAAUGUGAGUGUGAAUGGUUGUUUGUCUAUAUGUGCCCUGUGAUGGGCUGGCGACCAGUCCAGGGUGUACCCCGCCUCUCGCCUGGAGUCAGUUGGGAUAGGCUCCAGCAUUCCCACGACCCUAGACCCUAGUGGCAUAGAAAAUGGAUUAACACAUUUCCAAUUUCAUUUCAAAGCUGUAAAAUACGCUGCUAAAAAUUGAGCCAAUGAUGUAGUUGCAUUCCGUGUCCUCAGGGUGGCAGUGCAAUCUAUAUAUUCGGUAUCAGGUCAAUUUAUGCUACUUUGACAAGUAUAAAUGAAAACUGUUGUUGUGUGAUGGUGUGAAAUGUGGACAAUUUGUUCUCUUCUCUUAAUUCGUACCAUUAUCUGUGUUAGUCAAUUCAACAUGCUGGCAGCAGAUUUUUCUUCCAUUUUUUGUGUUGAUGUAUUUUUUUUUAAAUACAAGCUGUUGAUUUUUCUUACUCCUGUCACGUGAUUGUCUUCAAAACAUGACAAUACUGCUUGGAUUUAAAAAUAAUCUUACAAUGAAAUGAAUUACAUUGUGUCUUUGAGAGCAGGUCUCGAAAUAUCUCACAUUUUUAACACCCAACCUAUCUAGUUAAGAAUAAGCUACAUUUAAACAUCAUUUGUUUUUCUUUGUUCCCUUGCUUUUCCUCAGCUUUGUAUUGCACUCUAUUAAGUCACAACAUUAUAGGGCACUUGAGUAUUUCAAUCUCAUUUUUUAUUGUUUAUAUAUAAUUUCCACUGUGUAAGACUGUUACUGGAUGAGAGGGGCGGUACAUUCUGUUUAA